GUGCGUUGUCGUUGAGGAAGUAGAGAGCCAAAGAAUAUGUAUAAUUAUAUAGACGUUUUUUGGUAGAUUUAUGUAUUCUGCUAAACAAUGUAAUUUGAUUGUUAUUUGGAAAUUCAACAUGGCGUCGUUCCCGAUGUGCCAUUAAAAGGUUUUGGAAAUAUCUGAGUGAUGUAAUAUCAGUUAUCUUCGAUAUGUCAAAUAAAGAACAAGUUAUGAGAAUGCCUGCAGGUGGGAUGCCUCCACAGCAGCAACAACCACCACAACAAGUUUCACAGCAUAUGCCCCCACAGCAGCAGCCUCCUCCACAGCAGCAGCCGUAUCCUCAAGAUAAUUUGCAUAUGCUACAAAAAGCUAUUAAUACAAUGGAAGAAAAAGGCAUGCAGGAGGAUCCAAGAUAUGCACAAUUAAUGGCCAUGGCUAACUCCAGAAAAACGGUUCCAAGUCCUGGAGUUUCUGCUGGAGGCGGGCAUAGUCCUGGUGUUGGCCAGCAUCCUGGCUCAGGAGCACCUAGCCCUAGUAUGGGGCCUCCUCCCCCUCCACAACAAAUUGGUCCUCAUAGUAUGCAAGUAAAUGCAAACUGUAAUCCUCCCCCUCAACAAUCACAAAUGCCACCAUCUCCUCAUACUGUAGGAAAUGUGCCUCCACAACAAUCUCAAAAUCAGAUGCAAAGUAAUCAGGGCUACCAGAUACCACCACAGCAUAUGGCACCUCCUCCUUCACCUUCAGGAACAAAUAUGAAUUAUAUGCCAUCAAAUCAAAAUACCAUGAUAAAUACAUCCCAUAUGGGACCUCAGUCGCAUGUAAAUGCACAGCAACAUUCUCAAAACUAUGUGGCUUCUCCAUCAAAUUACCAUCAGUCUGCUUCCCAUUCUGCACCCGGUGGGCAAGGACAUAUGGGACCUGGACCAAAUCCUUUGCCUCAAGAUAUGGAAGUGAAUGAACAACCUCAUCAUUCACAUUCUGGCUAUGGACCAGGUCCAAUGAAUGGUUCACAAGGAUCUCCUCACCCUGACAGUAACUCAGUUCCACCAUCAGUGUGCAGUCCAAUGCCAAAUCAACCCUCAGUUGCUCCAAACCAAAAACCUUCUCUUUUGACUCAAGCCCAAAUAUCUCAGCUGAGAGCUCAAAUUAUGGCAUAUAGACUUUUUCGAAAUCAGCCUGUUCCAGAUAGUAUCAUUAUGGCACUUCAAGGUAAAAGAUCAAUGCAGAAUCAGCCUGUGUAUUCCCAAAGGCCUCCCGGUGCACCCUCCCCUGUUCAACCUAUUCGAGGACCAGGCCCACAUUCUCAGCCACAGCCCCAAAAUAUGAGUAGUGGAAUGAUGCCUCAACAGAUGCCACCUUCACAGCCCAUGCAUCCCCAUAUGCCUCAGUCUUCAAUGCCACCACCACAAUCUCAGCAAGCAGCUCCAGCCCAGAUUCCGUCUCAGCACCCUCAGAUGGGAAAUGUUCCACCACCUGCAUCAGCUAUGGCAAUGCAAGGUCCUCAAAAUCGUCCACAAGGACCAACCAAUUCUCAGCCUGUGCCUAUUCCUGCUAUGAUGCAGCUGCAGCAACAAAAGCAGAACCGCAUUACUCCAGUUGCAAAACCUCAGGGUCUAGAUCCUAUCGAAAUUCUUAAGGAAAGAGAAAAUAGAUUAGCAGCCAGAAUUGCUCACCGCAUACAAGAAUUAUCAGCAUUACCUGGUGACCUUUCUGAAGAUAUUCGUACCAAAGCUAUGAGUGAAUUAAUUGGCUUGCGAUUAUUGAAUUUUCAAAGACAAAUAAGAGCGGAAGUUGUUAGUUGUAUGCGACGAGACUCUAAUUUAGAAACUGCAUUGUAUCCUAAAUUAUACAAGCGUGUAAAACGACAAGGAUUAAGAGAAGCAAGGAUUACAGAAAAAUUAGAGAAACAACAGAAAUUAGAGCAAGAACGGAAAAGAAGACAGAAGCAUCAAGAAUAUUUAAAUGCUGUAUUACAGCAUGCUAAAGAUUUCAAGGAGUAUCAUCGAAACAUGAUGGGUAAAAUUGGCAAAGUUAACAAAGCUGUAAUUACUUAUCAUGCUAAUACUGAACGUGAGCAAAAGAAAGAACAAGAAAGAAUUGAUAAAGAGAGAAUGAAACGUCUAAUGGCAGAAGAUGAAGAAGGUUACCGUAAACUUAUUGAUCAAAAGAAGGAUAAACGUCUUGCAUUUCUACUUUCUCAAACAGAUGAGUAUAUACAUAAUUUAACUGAUAUGGUCAAACAGCAUAAGUUAGAACAAAAGAGAAAACUGAAAGAAAAGAGAAAGGCAAAGAAGAAAAAGAAAAAGAAGCAGCAACAAGGUGAAAAUCCAGAUGGUAAUGAUUCUCUUCAAGAAGGUUUAUUAGAUGAAUGUUCUCAGCAGAGUGACCUCAGAGUAAAUGUCAUUGAGACAGCUACUGGCAAAACACUGACAGGUGCAAAUGCUCCUCUAGCAAGUCAGCUUGAAGCAUGGUUAGAAAUGCAUCCAGGAUAUGAAGUUGCACCUCGAGAAGCAAGUGAUGAUGAUGAGGAAGGUGAUGAUGAUUCAUCAGAUUCUGAAGAAGAAGACGAACAGCCAAAACCACCCAAAACUACAAUAGAAAGAACUGGAGAAGACGCUAAACAAGCUCUGAAUUCAGCAACUGCUGAAGAUGAUGAAUAUAUGAACAUGGGUGGAUAUCAAAAUUAUUAUAACAUUGCUCAUGCAAUUGGUGAAGAGGUUAAAGAGCAAGCAUCUGUUAUGGUUAAUGGUAAAUUGAAAGAAUAUCAAAUUAAAGGCUUGGAAUGGCUUGUGUCUUUGUAUAAUAAUAAUUUAAACGGAAUUUUAGCUGAUGAAAUGGGUUUGGGUAAAACUAUACAAACAAUUGCUUUAAUUACAUAUUUAAUUGAAAAGAAAAGAGUACAUGGUCCUUAUCUCAUCAUUGUACCUUUAUCUACAUUGUCCAAUUGGAUGCUAGAGUUUGAUCGUUGGGCCCCAUCUGUGAUUAAGUAUGCAUACAAAGGUUCUCCUAAUGUAAGGCGUCAGAUUGCAACAAGUUUGAAAGCUACAAAAUUUAAUGUUGUGCUGACCACAUAUGAGUAUGUAAUAAAAGAUAAAGCUAUUCUUGCUAAAGUUCGCUGGAAAUAUAUGAUCAUUGAUGAAGGACACAGGAUGAAAAACCAGCACUGCAAGCUAACUCAAAUUCUGAAUACUCACUAUACUGCUCCACAUCGUUUGUUACUUACUGGAACACCACUUCAGAAUAAACUUCCUGAAUUAUGGGCUCUUCUUAACUUUUUGCUGCCAAGCAUUUUCAAGUGUUGCAACACUUUUGAACAAUGGUUUAAUGCUCCUUUUGCUACUACUGGUGAAAAAGUUGAAUUGAAUGAAGAAGAAACCAUUUUGAUUAUUCGGCGUUUGCAUAAAGUAUUGCGACCAUUUUUGUUAAGACGUCUUAAGAAAGAAGUUGAAUCCCAACUUCCUGAGAAAGUUGAAUAUGUUGUAAAAUGUGACAUGUCUGCCUUGCAGCGUUUAUUAUAUAGACAUAUGCAAACAAAAGGAGUUCUUUUGACAGAUGGUUCAGAGAAAGAUAAAAAAGGUAAAGGUGGAGCAAAAACGUUAAUGAAUUCUAUUAUGCAAUUACGUAAAAUUUGCAAUCAUCCAUUUAUGUUUCAAAAUAUAGAAGAAGCAUAUGCUGAACACCUUGGCUUAUCUAAUCCAAUGAUUUCUGGACCUGAUUUAUACAGAGCAUCUGGGAAAUUUGAAUUGCUUGAUCGUAUUUUGCCUAAAUUGAACAAAACUGGGCAUCGUAUUUUACUGUUUUGUCAGAUGACUACACUAAUGACAAUAAUGGAAGAUUAUUUAGGUUAUAGGGGGCAUCCUUAUCUCAGGCUCGAUGGCACUACUAAAGCAGAAGACCGAGGGCACCUUUUGGAGCUUUUCAAUGACCCAAAUUCACCAUAUUUUCUCUUUUUAUUAAGUACCCGAGCUGGUGGUCUUGGUCUGAAUUUGCAGGCCGCAGAUACUGUUAUUAUUUUUGAUUCUGAUUGGAAUCCUCAUCAAGAUUUGCAAGCUCAAGAUAGAGCUCAUCGUAUUGGGCAACAAAAUGAAGUCAGAGUUCUCAGAUUAGUAACUGUCAAUUCUGUGGAAGAACGUAUUCUUGCUGCUGCCAAAUAUAAAUUGAAUUUAGAUGAAAAAGUUAUCCAGGCAGGUAUGUUUGAUCAGAAAUCUACUGGUACUGAUCGUCAUCAAUUUUUACAAGCCAUUCUUGCGCAAGAUGAAGUUGAUGAGGAAGAAGAAAAUGAAGUUCCAGAUGAUGAAACUAUUAAUCAGAUGAUUGCUAGAAAUGAAGACGAGUUUGAAUUAUUUCAAAAAAUGGAUAUAGCUCGUAGAAGAGAAGAAGCGCAGAAUCCUAAACGUAAACCUCGUUUGAUGGAAGAAGACGAACUUCCUGCUUGGUUGAUAAAAGAUGAUGCUGAAGUUGAAAGAUUGACUAAUGAAGAAGAGGAGGAUAAAUUAUUUGGUCGUGGCUCUCGUCAAAGAAAAGAAGUAGACUAUUCUGAUUCUCUUACUGACAAGCAAUGGUUGAAAGCUAUUGAAGAAGGUAAUUUGGAAGAACUUGAAACUAAGAAGAAGAGAACAACACCUGGCACAUCUUCAGGCAAGAAAAGAAAGAAGGAAAAAGAUAUAGAUCCGGAUGUAGAGCCUGAAUGUAAAAAGAAAAGACGUGGCAGGCCACCUAUGGAAAAGAUGCAGCCUAAUCCUCCUCGUUUGACAGUACAGAUGAAAAAACUUUUAGAUAUUGUGAUCCACUAUAAAGACAGUGAUGGACGUGUUCUUAGUCAAGCAUUUAUGCAACUGCCAUCUAAACGUGAAUUACCAGAUUAUUAUGAAGUCAUAAAGAAACCAGUAGAUCUGCAGAAAAUUAAAAACCGCAUUAAAGAACAUAGAUAUCGUUCUUUGGAUGAUUUGGAAGCUGAUUUCAUGUUGCUUUGCAAAAAUGCCCAAAAUUAUAAUGUUGAAGGUUCACUUAUUUAUGAAGAUUCAAUUGUUUUACAAUCUGUGUUUACAAGUGCAAGAGAGAGAUUAGAGAAAGAUGGAGAUCUGUCUUUUGCAGGUGGUGAUUAUGAAGGUGAUAGUGAUAUGUAUGAAGAGCCAGAAGAAAAAACACGCAAAAGAAAACCAAGACAAACUAGACGCUUCAUUAGUGAUGAUGAAGGUUCUGACAGUGAUCAGUAUUUAAGGACCUAGCCUUAAAUACUGAUUUACUACUUUCCAGUUUUAAGUACUUAUCAUUGUCACUCGUAAUUUCAGUUUUAAUAAAAAGGUUUUUGCUAGUCUA